ACAAUGCUCAACUGAUCCAAAUCCAGGCUUAUAAUUACACCUUUUAAAAUCUAUCACGGUUCAAGGUUCACAUCUUAUCAGCACUCAGAUGUACCCUCGGUGCAGUGAGUCAUAAAAUUGCUCUAAGCUAUAAUAAAACUUUAAAACUCUUAUAUUUUCACCUACAAGAAUUCUCUAAAAAUAGCAGCUGCAGGAAACUAAUUUCUCCAGCUGCUAAAAAAAGGCUCAACUCAAGUUAUUCGCGUUUAACCUUGCAUUAUCCGCGUCUUGCUUCAUAAAACGAUUUCCCACGCGUUCAAUUCAUCUUCUAUUUUUUUUAUUCAGUUACUUAUCGUUUUCUAGUACGUCUUCACAGUACUGCAUUCUUCGGUUUUAAAUUAGUAACAUAGUCAAAAGAAUUGAAUAAUUCAUGACUGCUUUACGACCUAACGGAGAGUUAAAAGAUGCGAGCACUCUCGUCAGUACAUACUGUUUUAAAUAUUAUCUAAUGUGUAAACAAGUCGAAACUUUCUCUGUUUCGAGUGGCCUCAUGGCCCGUCUAAUUGCUGGGAGAGGGAUAGCUGAUAAACAAGCUUAGUGCACGACUUCUGGCACGAACUCCGGUCGCAGCAAUGGCGCAAGGUCCCUUAUAAAUGCGUGCGUGCGUACGUUCAUGAUUUCCAGUCAGUGGGAGGUCAGCCUUUCGGCGAGAACGAUACGCGUUGCGUGGAUCCCUUUUCCCCUUCCUUUCUUUCGCUCUUCCUCUUCCUAUCUUUUCUUCUUGUCCCCAAACGCGUGCAGUCGAUUCGAAGCGUGUCAACCACGCUCUGCAUACUCGUAUUUUCCACGUCUCUCAGACGGCUCAGUGUCUGCGUGGGCGGCGGUCCUUUGAUGCACCGGAUGAACCAACUACAGCUGCCAAAUCGAUGUAACGUGUCUUUUUUUACGAAAGAAGCCUCUUGUUUGCAAAGGGAUCUUUCCCGAUAACAUGCCGGAAGUCUGAUUUCUCGCUCCGUGAAUCAAGAGUGCUUUCUCGAAAGGCGGUGUAUUGUUAUCACGGUUCGACGAUUGCGAACGAAAGCGUGACCGGGGUCUCUUUAUCGGUCGAGUGAUUUUGAAAAACGGACGUCAUUGAUCGAAUGUUUUAAUCGAAAUUCGAAACGUCGCUGCCUGCGCGCGAACAGUGCACGUGUACCUUGCCUGACAUUUCUCUCGCGAGGCCUGAUGAGUCACACGCUCUUACCGACAAUUGCACUUCUGCGUCUGUAAACAGCUCCAAGAAACGACCGGUUGUGUAACGUAAGACGUGGUUCUGAAGAGUGUAGCCUUUGUUUUAGAAUUAACAAACCUCGCGAUAAACGUUGAGUCGAUAUCCGGUGCACGGCCGUCGCGAGCCUACAUAAAAAGAGACCGUUAAAAAUGAGAGAAGCGAACUGAAGGGAAGAAAAUUAUUCAAAAAGUGCUGAUAAAUUUCACGUUCGAGAUGUGGAACGUGAUCAGAGAAUUUCUGGAGCAGUUCCUGUUACUGGGGCUGUUCCUCAGCCUUUUGUACUGCUUCCUCACUUCCACCUUCAACUUCUGGGAGAUCCGAGGCGUACCCUUCAGGAAGCCCAUCGUGCUUUUCGGGAACUACGCCUCGCUGUUGCUUUUCCGGAAGUCUCUGCCCGAAGGUAUCAAGGAGAUGUACGACUGGUUCAAGGACGAGAGGUACUUCGGAACCUUCCGCGUGAAGUCUCCCAUUCUGAUCCUGAGGGAUCCCGACCUCAUCAAGAACAUCUGCGUGAAGAACUUCGCCUGCUUCUCCAACCGCGGCAUACCAGUGAACGGCCAGGAUUCGCUGUCCGCCCACUUGUUCAAUCUGGAAGGGAAGAAAUGGAAGAGUCUGCGUUGCAAGCUGACCCCAGCCUUCUCGUCCGGCAAAUUGAAAAGAAUGUUCUACCUGCUGGCCGAGUGCGGCGAGGAGUUUCAAAAAUUAAUCGAUUCGUCCUCCGAUCGGCCAUUUGAGAUUCGCGAGCUGGCUGCGAAAUUUACGAUAGACGUCAUUGGUAGCUGCGCCUUCGGCAUACAAAUAAACGCGCUCACCGACGAGGAAUCCGAGUUUCACAGGGCUGCGAAGAAGCUCUCGAGGCCGAGUUACAAGGCCACGUUAUGGAGGAUGCUUCGAACGGCGAUGCCGAGACUUUAUAAGCUUCUAGGUGUUCAGGUGAUCGAUCCUGAGGUGACGAGGUUCUUCAAAAAUGUCGUGUCGCAGAUGCUGAAGCAGCGGGAGGAGCAGGCGGUCAAGAGACACGACUUCAUGGACUUGUUGAUCGAGUUGAAGGAUAAAGGCACGCUGGAAAAUGAGUCGGGUAACGGGCUGAUUGGCAACGAGGAGGAUGCAGAUACGGCUGAAGAGAUAGAACUGGACGAGAACAGUAUUGCCGCCCAGGCGUUUGUAUUUUUUGCCGCCGGUUACGAAACCUCGUCCAAUACUAUUGCAUUCUGCCUUCAUGAAUUGGCAUUGAAUGCUGAAAUUCAGGAAAAAACCAGACGGGAUAUUCAUGAUGCUAUCGACAGCAGGGGAGGAAAGUUGACUUAUGAUGCUGUGCAGGACAUGAAGUACCUUGACAUGGUUAUUGCAGAAACUCUUCGAAAAUACCCACCAGCAUCACUCUUAUCUCGUAGAUGUGAAUACCAGUAUCAGAUACCGGGUAGUAAAGUGGAACUACCUCCAGGUAUGAGGGUGAUCAUACCAAUUUAUGGACUUCAUCAUGAUCCAGAUUAUUAUCCCAAUCCAUCAAUGUUUGAUCCUGAACGCUUCACAGAAGAGAAUAAACGUACAAGGCAUCCAUACACAUACCUUCCAUUUGGGGAAGGACCAAGAAAUUGUAUAGGAAUGCGGUUUGCAUUAUUGCAAAUUAAAGUUGGUAUAAUUUCAUUUCUGAGGAAUCACAGAGUGGAGGUUUGUGAAAAGACAGUCACACCAAUAAAGUUUAGCAGGCGAAGCCUAGUAACAACGAGCGAGAAAGGAUUCUGGCUCAAAAUUGUACAGUAUUAAGCUACUUUUAAUGUCGUAGAAAGGCAACCUUUCAGUCUUUCGUGUACUUAAUAUACCUCACAAAGUAAUCAAACUUCAAAAAAAUUGUUUGAUAUGAUUAGAGCUGAUACAGUCAAUCAUUAUCUUCAAUAUCAAACUUUAACCGUUUAUUUUCCUUCUAUCAUUCAACAAGAACAAUAACAAAUAAUUUUUAAUACAAUGCAUUGAUAGAAAUUGUUUUUAGAAAGUGGUUUAUUAUAAUAUUUGCGUGUAAGUGAAGCAUUUAUAUUUU